UUUUUUUUUUGUUCACAUAGACUUCGAGAUCAUGGUUAAAAAGGUCAUUGAUUCUCGUAUUCAUACGCUCAUUAAAAACGGUGUGCAGAACAAGCAUCGUUCUUUCUUUGUCAUUGUUGGUGACAAGGGAAAGGAUCAGGUUGUCAAUCUCCAUUGGCUCCUUUCACAAGCACAAGUUACUGCUAGACCUUCUGUGUUAUGGUGUUACAAGAAGGAACUAGGAUUCACAACUCAUCGGAAAAAGAGAGAGGCAAAGAUUAAGAAGGAUAUCAAGAGAGGCAUUAGAGAAGCCAACAAUGAGGAUCCUUUCGAGCUCUUUGUUACCGUCACCGAUAUCCGAUAUACCUACUACAAGGAAACACAAAAGAUUUUGGGUAACACCUACGGCAUGUGUAUUCUCCAGGAUUUCGAAGCCAUCACUCCCAACACACUCGCUAGAACUAUUGAGACAGUCGAAGGAGGUGGUGUGGUUGUCUUGCUUCUCAAGACCAUGAGCUCUCUCAAGCAAUUGUACACAAUGACGAUGGACGUCCAUUCUAGAUACCGAACAGAAGCUCAUGACGACGUGACAGCUCGAUUCAACGAACGAUUCAUCUUGUCUUUGGGUAACUGCGAAAACUGCUUGGUGGUGGACGACGAGUUGAAUGUGUUGCCUAUUUCCAUGGGCAAGAGCGUCAAGCCUGCACCUUUGAAAACUCCAGAGGAGAGCAUCACACCUGAGCAGAUUGAACUCAAGGAACUUAAGGAAUCUUUGGCUGAUACUGAGCCCAUUGGUUCCCUCAUCAAACCCGCCAAAACCUUGGACCAAGCCAAGGCUUUACUCACCUUCAUUGAAGCCAUUUCCGAAAAGUCAUUAAGAAGCACUGUCACUUUGACGGCUUCCAGAGGUAGAGGUAAAUCAGCAGCUCUGGGUAUUGCUAUCUCUGCUGCAGUGGCCUAUGGUUACUCCAAUAUUUUCGUCACCUCACCAAGUCCCGAAAACUUGAAGACUCUUUUUGAAUUCAUCUUCAAGGGUUUUGAUGCCCUCAACUAUGAAGAACAUUUGGAUUACGACAUUGUUCAAUCCACCAACCCUGCAUUCAACAAGGCCAUUGUCCGAGUUAACAUCUUUAGACAACACCGUCAGACCAUUCAAUACAUUCAACCUCAAGAUGCUCAUGUUUUGGGUCAGGCUGAAUUGGUCGUCAUUGAUGAAGCUGCUGCUAUUCCAUUGCCUCUUGUUAAGAAGCUUUUGGGUCCUUAUCUUGUGUUCAUGGCUUCCACUAUCAAUGGUUAUGAAGGUACCGGUCGAUCCCUCUCCCUCAAGCUUAUUCAGCAACUGCGCGAACAAUCUCGUGGAUUUAUCGGAAGGGCCGAAGGUCCGUUGAAGGAUGCUUCUGGAGAGGAUAUUGUUGUGGGUCGUGAUUUGAAAUCCAAGAAAGAUUCCGCCACGUCAGAUAUUAAUGGUGCUGCUGUGGGUGGACGUAGUUUACGCGAAAUCAAGCUCGAGGAGCCCAUUCGUUAUGGCGUCAAUGAUCCUAUCGAAAAAUGGCUCAAUAAGUUGCUCUGCUUGGAUGCUACCAUUGUGUCCAAGAACAUUCAAGGCUGCCCUCAUCCUUCUGAAUGUGAACUUUUCUACGUCAACCGCGAUACCUUGUUCUCCUACCACCCUGUCAGUGAAACGUUUUUGCAGCGCAUGAUGGCAUUAUACGUCGCCAGUCACUACAAGAACUCUCCCAAUGACUUGCAGCUUAUGAGUGAUGCACCUGCCCAUCACCUGUUUGUGCUUUUGCCUCCCAUUCGUGAAGGAGACUCUGGUCUUCCUGAUCCAUUGGUGGUGAUUCAAGUCUGCUUGGAAGGUGAAAUCUCCAAGCAAUCUGUCAUCAACAGUCUGUCAAGAGGUCAACGUGCUGGAGGAGAUCUUAUUCCAUGGCUCGUCUCACAACAAUUCCAAGAUGAUGAUUUCGCUACCCUUUCUGGUGCUCGUGUUGUCCGUAUCGCCACUCACCCUGAUUACGCCAAGAUGGGUUAUGGUCAUCGUGCCCUUGAGCAACUCAAGUCAUUCUACCAAGGUGAAAUCACCAGCUUGGAUGAAAAUGCCAUGGAUGAGGAUAAUGAAGAGGUUCACCGUGUUGAUGAUGAUGAAUUGGAGGAGGCUGACCUUUUGACCGACGAUGUCCGUAUUCGUGAUCCUCGUAAGAUGCCACCUCUUCUCAUGCGAUUGUCAGAAAAGAAGCCCACUCGCCUCCAUUACCUUGGUGUCUCUUACGGAUUGACUCAACAACUUCACCGAUUCUGGAAAAAAUCUGGGUUUGUUCCCCUCUACCUUCGUCAAACCGCUAAUGAGUUGACGGGUGAGCAUACCUGCGUGAUGCUCAACACCCUCAACUCAUCUGAUUUGAUCAAUCAAACCAGCGAAGAUUGGUUGGAUGCGUUUGCUCGCGACUUCAAGAAGCGAUUCAUCAACCUCCUUUCCUACCAAUUCCGUACCUUCCCGUCUGUUACGGGCCUCAGCCUUUUGGAGGCAGCCAGUGCUGGUACCAACAAGAGCAAUAACAACACCCAAGGAUUAACCAAGGAUUUGUUGAACCUGUACUUUAAUGCAUACGAUCUCAAGCGUUUGGAAUCAUACUCAAACAACAUGUUGGACUACCAUGUCAUCAUGGACAUGCUCCCCACCAUCAGCGAACUCUUGUUCAAGGAUCAAAUGGCUGGCCAUGUCAAGUUGUCGGGAGUUCAAAAUUCGAUUUUGUUGGCUCUUGGCCUGCAACGCAAGAGCGUGGAUGAUUUAGAAACGGAGUUGGGCUUACCUAGUAGUCAAAUUUUGGCGCUGUUCAUCAAGGCGGUCCGUAAAAUCAGUGCUUAUUUCAAGGAAGUGCAAUCCAGGGCCAUUGAAGCCGAAACCGGAUUACCCGCCAAGCGACCACGCGAGGAGGACGAUGAGGAAGGUAAACGAGAUAUUCAAGAUGUGGAUUCCUGGAAACCCGUCAAGGAGGAUCUCGAUGAAGAUUUAGAGGAAGCUGGACAACAAGCUAUUGCGGGGCUCAAAGACAAACAAAGAGAUCUCAUAAACUCGUUGGAUCUGAAGAAAUAUGCUAUCGGUGGCACAGAUCAAGAUUGGCAAGCCGCUGAAGAUCAGAUCAAAGCCAGCCAAAACGACACCAAAGUUCGAUCCGUCGUGUCUGUCGUCAACCAGAACAGUUCCAAGAAGAACCCACGACGGAAAACAGAAUCGGCUGCAGAGAUGGCUGCCAAAGAGGCCAAUCGUAAAGUUGGCAAGAACAAAAUGUCAAAGAAGACAAGACGAGGAUAAUUGAUAACCCACGCCACUACCAACCACUCCGAAUGCAUGUUUAAAAAAAAUCUUUUCUCUUUUUUUUUUUUCCAAACCCAUUUCUCCCCCCACUCAAAAUCCUCUUUUUCAAUCGAAGUCGAGGAAACCACUCCAUCCAAUUAGGGUUUUGCAAAAUAAACACAAUACUUUUUGAAAUAUU